ACGCUGUGCCAUCCCACGUGGGCAACGAAAUUUUGCCAAAGUUGAAUCUUAUUCACGCUUUUAGUGUUUUUUUACGUGAUGCGAGGGGAUCUUAACUAAAAGCGGCGCAGUUUUUUUCCCUGAAGAAAUUCGGUGUGCGUGGAUUUUUUUUAGAGGUUGCCAUGUCGCUGUGGACUUUUCUCCCACUCAGUCUGCCCGUCUUCAUCCUGACUGGAAUCUGGGUCGUAUACGCCAUGGCCUUGUACAACCAGCACGUCUGUCCAGUUCAGAACUGGCUUUAUAACGAGUCAUGUGAGCAGCAGCUUCCCUUCCAAAGAGGUCCGGUUCUGUGCUGCACACUCGACAAUGUUCCGCUCAUCAGUAAAUGUGGAAAUUUCCCUCCAGAAAGCUGCUUCUUCAGUCUGAUCUGCAGCACCGGCUCCUUCAUGGUGAUGCUAAUCGGACUUCUGCGAUACGCUCAUGUGAUCCAAAAGAACCAGAGCUGUGUCCUGAACACGGCAGGCCUCUCCAUUGGCUCGAUAUGUGCGGUGGGGCUCAUCAUGGUGGGAAACUUCCAGGUGGAUUUUGCUAAAGUUCUUCACUACGUGGGAGCAGGUGUGGCGUUCCCCUCCAGCAUGAUCUUCGUGUGUCUUCAGGUGGUGCUGACCUACAGACUCGCCAAGACACAGGAGGAGUACCAAGUGGGUCACGUCAGAGUUGGGAUCGCGCUGCUGUCCCUUGUCACCCUGGUGCUUAGUGGCGUUUUCUUCUGCCAGGAGAGCUUUGUGCUGCAACAUGCCUCUGCCAUCUUGGAGUGGGUCUACUGCACCCUCAUCAUGCUGUUCUAUGGGACUUUUGCCUUCGAAUUCAGUGACAUGUCGGGGGACACCCUGAUGGUUCUGUCCAAAGGAGGACGGACCCAGAGUUUCUGCCCCUCUGAGCUCAAGACAGAAGUGGUGGGUGUCUCUGCCCACUACCGGCCUGAGGACUCACCCAUGAUUUAGGAGGCUGACUGCUGGGCGUCGCCAUGGUGACAGCAGCCCGUCUUUUAACAAUGACUUUCACUACAAGCACUUCACAGCAAGUGCUUUUCAAGACGAAUUGACAAUCAGAAUUCAUUUUUUUAUUAAGUGACUCACAUGUUUGUCUCUGGAAGAGGGAACUAUGGCUGAGGUCAUAGUACUAGAGCCACGUGUUGAGAGAGAUGUUGGGUUUUGCUGAAUAACUAUCACUAAAAGGAGCUGUCACCGUUCAUCUUUUUGAUUUAAGGAAUGGGGUGUUGUACAGUGGCAACAGACUGAGGAAAGAGAGGUUUUUAUCUUUUUAUCAGAAAUUAUUUCCUUAAAAUGACUACAUUUAUUUUGCAACUACAUUUUUAGUCAAAGCCUUUCAUUCCUAUUAUUUCUAAACUGGCAUAUAUUAUGGUUUAAAAUAUAUAUGUGUGUUCGCUUAGAAAGGAAACGAGACAAAUCAGCAAGAUGUCAUGUUAAGCAGAAUAGUCUCAUUUUAUGGAUUCGAUAUUAUGUAUACAGUAUGCCUGACAAAAACUUUAGAGAAAGAGUUUUUUUUACUGUCUUUCUACUGUCUGUACUUGCAGGUUGAUUUGUACUCUUUAAUAUUCAAGUUUUUCUGAAGGCUGCUGACACAGGAAGUGCCUACACGUGUUUUAUACCUGAAGGCAUAUGCCUAUAUCUCAUGUAUGAACUCAUUUUUAUUUAUUAUUUCAGUUGCUUAAAUGAUGCAAGUGUGGAAACAGUACCGUGGUGGAAAAAGUUUUUGGACACCCCAUGCAUUCUACUGUGUGGUAAUGGCAUGACUACUAAAUAUCAAUUUGAUGAUGUGAUGGUUUAUUUAUUUGUAGUACAGUUUGAAUCCAUUCUAUGUUGUUUGUUGACUUUGAUACCGACAAUUUUCAGAAUUGACAUAUUGAAACUGUCAGUUUAGUUUUGUUACUUUUUCUUAUCAUCAUUUGUAUUUGUUUGUGCCUGUAUAAUGCAGUCACACCUUUUGAAAUACAAAGAAAUGUUUUUCCACUAUUUCUUAUGAUAAUAUUUGAAAUUUUAUCAAAUUUUAAAGGUGUCUGAGAACUUUGUUCUGCUGUUGUAUGAUGCU